AUGUUCGGACAAAAUCAACCCGUCACAAUUACUCUCUAUGACCUGUUUGCCCAGGACUCGCAAUUACAGGUGCUUGUUGACGAAGCCCAAGACAGUGGACUAGAACCCUUGGAAGAUAUUCACACAACCACUGACCCAGAUCUAGCAUUUAAGGAUAUUGAUGUGGCUAUCAUGUUGGACACAAUCGAGGCAGCUUCCUAUGCUCACAAAAACGAGAGGUUAAAACAGUGCUGGCAAGUUUACAGACGUCAUGGCGAAUAUCUCGACAAGUAUGGCAAGCAAACAACCAAGAUUAUAGUCACCGGCGACCCAGUCAAUACAAAUGCUUAUAUCUUAAGCAAAUAUACCCCAUCUUUACCCAAAUCCUGUAUAACAGGUUUGGUACGAAUGGAUCAAAAUAGGGCUACAUUCCAAGUUGCCAAUAAACUUAACGCGCCCGUAGAGGCGGUUAAAAAUGUUCUAAUUUGGGGAAAUGCGGGAUCUGGCGCCUUUAUUGACAUCACGCAUUCCAAGGUUCAAAUGGAAAAUGGUGCAUUUAAACCCGCAACAGAAUUAAUCAACAACGAACACUGGAUGAAACACGUUCUUCAGCCAUAUGUUCAAAAUUGGAGUUCUGAGUGUACUCCUGCCGAUUCAAUCGCCAUUCUGAAAGCCAAGGCCAUUAUCGAUCACGUCAAUGACCUAUGGUUUGGAACGAAUGAGGAUUGGACGUCAAUGGUGGUAUACAGCAAUGGGGAAUACGGGACACCGGUUAAUUUCUUCUCAGGAUAUCCUGUCAUUAUCCCGCAGCCCAAGGGAAAUCCCAUAAUUGUGGCAGAUUUGACAUUCGAGGAUUGGGGUGAAUCCCAAUUUGAAAGGACGGCUCACGAAAUGGCGGAUUUUGAAAAACGCAUCUUGCAGUUGUGCGAAUGCGCAGAUGAAAUCACUGAUGACUUGUAG